AAACUAUAGAUCAGAUCCGUUUCUCUAGUUUUGUUGUGUGUGUUUUUUUCCCUUCUUAACUCCUCGACUCACUUCUCUCGUAGCAACGACGUCGUCGUCGUCGCCUGGAAUCAGCGGAGCCCAAAGAACCAAUUCCAAUUUUUGACCAGAUAUAGUCCGUUGUGAAUCAAAAACAUUACGCUGCAAGAAGCGAAAAAAAAAAAAAGCCUAGAAAGAAAAGGAGGAAUAAGAGAAAGAAAAAAGUUCCCUUUAGUAUCACAAACGGGUGCCCCUAUUUUUGCUCCUUUCGUGUGUUUAUAGUCAACGACUUUUCCUCUUUUCUUCCUCCAUCGUUUUUCUUCUUGUUUAAAUUUUUUGUCUUCGUAUUCUCUCCUCUUUCUCAUGUUCACUGGUGGUUAUUCCACUUUCUACUUCAAUUCAGUCCGUGAUGAGGAUGUAAAAAGCAAAACAACCAAAACAAAAAAAGCGUAACCAACAACAAAAAACAAAAACCCCCAACAAGAACCUGUUAAUGAGAACAGCCAUUGGUUAUUGUUCUCACGAUGUCAGAUGCAAAUGCGAUUUCCCACGAGUGUCCGUUUCACGUCCCCUCCCGCACAACUAGGUUAGUAGUGUAUGAAAAAAUGUAGCGGCGGCUGGAAGGCCACAAAUCUUUACUCUCUCAGCACACAUCGUGGAAGAAUAACAACAACAAGAAAAAGUAGUUAUUUGUUGUUGUGGGUUGGUGGUUGCCUUAUUUACCGUUUGUUUUUUGCCUUCAGUUGUUGGGGGUCUCUUCCGUUGGCGGUGUGAAGAAGAGGUCAACUUGGUUAAAAGAAAGCUUUUUACUACGAAGUGUCAACAAAACACAACACACUGUUCUAGUGUGUUGUGUUUUGUCGUCACCAACUUCACAUUUACUCCUGGACUAUCUAUCGAUUAUCGCCCUCAUUACUAUUAAAAUCCUACUGAAAAUAAUAAUAAUAAUAAUCAACGGCUGUCUUGUAUAAAAGCUCAGAAAACUUGUUAAUGACAUGGAAUAUUUAAUUAAUCUGCCGUUAGCAUGAAUGAAAAAGACCAUAUGAACACCAGCCAGUAUUUUUCAACUCCUAUUCAUACCUCACUCAAAUAUAACAUCUACAUUCAACUUUGGAGUACUGGAAUAUGAUAUUAAACAUCUUUAAAAAAUGCAGAGUAACACAGAUUUGAUGGAAGAAAGUUUUCAUAACAGCUUCUUGUAUGCUUUUGGGAACAGUACCGAACCUGGAGCUCAGUUGAUGUAUACGAGUUCCAAUCAUGGACUGCCGGGGUCUGUUUGUACAUCAGAGGCUGGAUACAUUGUAUAUACCACUGCAGCGCCAGGGAUGGAGUCUGUCACAGACUCCUCUGGAUUGCUGCCACAACCUCACUUGCAGGAAGUAAACACAGAACACAUUGACAAUCACUUGGUACAUCCAAGGACAACUUUAAUAAAUGGACGUAUGGCUCAAAACGGAUUUGAUAAUCCGAUGGACUUAUCAAAUGGUAAAGUAGUUCAAGUUAUUGACAUGAAAAAAGAGGAUUCUCGAACACAAUACGAACACAAUCAAGCAGCUACGAAUUACCAUCACAAUGGUGUGACGGUUGGCAUACCAGAAUCUCAACAUGAGGCAUCUGAGCACUUAAUGCCAGCUGGGUCACUAACACCACCUGACAAAAUAAGUGGCGACUCGAUUUCUAUGGCAAACAUCCGUCCACUUGGCAUCAGUACGCUAACCAAUACAAUCAAGACCCCACCAAGUCCAAUGCCUACUCCAUCUCCACCAAUCAAUAGGAUUACAGGUGAUAUUGAUCAUUCAGACUCAAGGAUUACUCACCCGUUUUCUCGCAGUCAUUGGACUACGGAUGUUCUGGAGAACCGCCAUGUAGGUCAAUAUCAAGACCAAAGAUUAACGAGGGAAGCUAUGAGAAAAUAUCUACGAGACCGUGGAGACCAGGUAUUGGUCAUAUUACAUGCCAAAGUUGCCCAAAAGUCAUAUGGAAAUGAAAAAAGAUUUUUCUGUCCUCCUCCUUGUAUAUACUUGUUUAAUAAUGGUUGGAAGCGGAAAAAAGAGCAGUUAGAAAGAGAUGGUGCCACAGAACAAGAAUCCUUGGUAUGUGCAUUCAUGGGUAUCGGAAACUCGGAUCAGGAUAUGGUUCAGCUGAAUUUAGAAGGAAAGAAUUAUUGUGCUGCUAAAACUUUGUAUAUAUCUGAUUCUGAUAAACGAAAGCAUUUUAUGUUGUCUGUGAAGAUGUUUUAUGGCAAUAGUCAAGACAUAGGUAUGUUCAACAGCAAAAGAAUCAAAGUGAUAUCAAAACCUUCAAAAAAGAAACAGUCUUUAAAGAAUGCAGAUUUAUGCAUUGCUUCCGGUACCAAAGUGGCUCUGUUCAACCGUCUUCGAUCACAGACCGUCAGCACACGAUACCUCCAUGUAGAAGAUGGCAAUUUUCAUGCCAGUUCUACGCAGUGGGGGGCAUUUACAAUACACCUCUUGGAUGACAAUGAAAGUGAAUCAGAGGAAUUUACUGUUCGAGAUGGUUACAUCCACUAUGGCUCCACCAUCAAACUAGUGUGUUCUGUCACCGGAAUGGCUCUUCCGAGAUUGAUAAUUCGUAAAGUAGACAAGCAGACUGCAUUACUUGAUGCAGAUGACCCAGUGUCUCAGCUGCACAAAUGUGCAUUUUACAUGAAAGAUACGGAGAGGAUGUACCUCUGUCUUUCUCAGGAGAGAAUUAUCCAGUUCCAGGCCACACCAUGUCCAAAAGAACCAAAUAAGGAAAUGAUAAAUGACGGUGCCUCUUGGACAAUAAUAAGCACAGAUAAAGCAGAGUAUACAUUCUUUGAAGGUAUGGGCCCUGUUAAGGCCACUGUUACCCCCGUACCAGUCGUCAGUAGCUUACAUCUAAAUGGUGGUGGAGAUGUUGCCAUGCUGGAAUUGACUGGAGAGAACUUCACGCCAAUCCUCAAAGUAUGGUUUGGUGAUGUAGAAGCUGAAACAAUGUACAGAUGUGAAGAAAGCAUGUUAUGUGUAGUUCCUGAUAUUUCUGCAUUCCGUGCUGGUUGGCGAUGGGUACGGCAACCACUUCAGGUUCCUGUGACUCUGGUUCGAAACGAUGGCAUCAUUUACGCAACAGGCCUGACGUUCACGUAUACCCCAGAACCUGGCCCACGCCAGCACUGCAACACCGUCGACCGUGUCCUCCGUGCCAACCCUGAUCCACCUCCCCCCUCGUCUGUGAACUACUCUGCUGCUCCAAUGUAGCCAAUUAUAAGGGUGGGGUAGUGGGGCCGGUGGGGAUGGAGUGUGGUUUGUUAUUCUCCUUCUGUAAAAUUCAAUAUCAUCGUCAUCAUCAUCAUCAAUGUCGUUGUCAUCAUCAUUAUUAUCAUUAACGAUCAUCCUUGUCAUAAUUAUUGUCAUCGCAACAGUGAUAGGGAGGGACAUUCUAAACUGACUGGAAACUUACCUCAUCUUUCGUUAUGAGCACAGAAUAAGGACUGCCAAGGCAGAAGAUAACCCCCCAGGGUUUGGAUUAGGGUGAGAGGCAGUAGUAGUGGUGGUGGUGGUCGUAGUAAUUGCUGCUGUGCAUCAAUAUAUGUUAUAGCCAUGACACUUGAAUGUAUAUUAUGUAUAUAUAUAUAUAUAUAUAUACAUACACUCUGUUAAUUAUAUACAUACUUACACAAAAACAUGUAUGUAGUACAUACUAUCUCUUUUUUGUAUGUGUGAGUUUGUGCGUGUGUAUACACAUACAUACAUCUUUACACACACAACAUGCAUAUGCAAAUAAUGUUAACAAACCAGUAAUUUAUUAAUUAGAUUAGCUCUCAAGAAUACAUUAAAUAUGCAAAUCAGUCAAUCCGAGUUAAUUAAGGCCUUGAUAUUAGCAAUUUAGUAUCUGUUUAAA